CAAACAAUUCCCGCCUUGAACCAAAACUCAUUCACUCGAGCCCCAAACAGGCACACCCUCUCUUCACCACCUUAAAAAAAAACUCAGUUGGCCGGAAAAAAUGGAGAGAGACAUUCACGCAGUGCUUGUUCCGUUUCUCGCAUUCGGCCACUUAAUGCCAUUUUACGAGCUCUCCGUCGCCUUAGCCAAAGGCGGUAUUCACGUCUCCUUCGUCUCAACCCCCAAAAACAUUCUCAGACUCCCCAAACUCCCUCCCCGAUUAUCACCACUCAUCACUUUUGUUUCGCUUCCGUUACCGGCAUUGGGCUCGGGACUCUUGCCCGAAGGUGCCGAGGCCACUGUCGAUCUCCCGACCGACAAAACCGAGCACUUAAUGGCCGCAUUCGAUCUCCUCAAACAACCCUUCAAGCAAUUCGUAGCCGAACAAUCACCCGAUUGGAUCGUCACCGAUUUCGCCUCUUAUUGGACUGUUGAUGUAGCUAAGGAGUACCAUGUCCCAAUUGUGAUCUUCUCUGCCUUCUCUGCAUCCACUAAUGUGUUCUUCGGCCCACCGGAAUAUUUAUCCGGUGAUGGUCGGAGAAGAGUGAGGUCGUCGCCGGAGGACCUGACGUCGCCGCCGUGGUGGGUCAGUUUCCGAUCAUCAGUGAGUUAUCGUCACCACGAAGCAAUCAGAACCAUUGCUGUGUUCUAUACAGCAAAUGCCUCCGGCAUUGCUGAUUCCGAACGAUUCGCUAAAGCACUUCAUGGGUGUCGAGCCGUGGCGAUUCGUAGUUGCAGAAAGUUUGAAGACGAGUACUUCGAUUUGUUUGGGAAGAUAAUUGGUAAGCCGGUGAUUCCCACUGGGUUUCUUCCGCCGGAAAAACCAAACAAAACCCAAAUCGCCGCCGCACACGACGGCCCGUGGAGUAAGAUCUUCGAAUGGCUGGAUGAACAGAAACCCAAAUCGGUGGUGUUCGUUGGAUUCGGAAGCGAGUGUAAACUCAGCAGAGACCAGACUUACGAGAUAGCCUCCGGGGUAGAGUCAUCAGAAUUGCAAUUUUUUUGGGCUCUGAGAAAACCCAGUUGGGCCUCCGACGAUCUCGAUGCUCUACCGCCGGAAUUCAAUCGCCGGACUUCUGGCAGAGGAAGAGUCUGCAUUGGAUGGGCACCACAGAUCGACAUUCUGGCUCACCCGUCGAUCGGAGGCUCGUUGUUUCAUGCUGGGUGGGGUUCGAUGAUUGAAACAUUGCAAUUUGGGCAUUGUAUGGUUGUGUUGCCAUUCGUGAUUGAUCAGCCAUUGAAUGCGAGGUUGUUGGUGGAGAAAGGUUUGGCGAUUGAAGUCGAGAGAGGUGAAGAUGGAUCCUUCAGUGGGAAUGACGUAGCUCUGUGUUUGAGAAAAGCUAUGGUUUCUAAGGAAGGAGACGAAAUGAGGGCUCAGGUGAAGAAAGCCGCUGCGAUCUUCGCCGACCAGAAGUUGCAGGAUCUCAAUGUUGCUGGGUUUGUUGAGUAUCUGAAAAAAGGAAGUGCUUGUUGAGAAGUAUCCAUAGGAGUUGGAAUCUCUAGUUCAUAAUCUAUGAUGUUUGGGUCCGUUUGGCCCAUUACGGUCUUAUUUCUUUUUUUUUGAACCAGCAUUACGGUCUUAUUUCAAUCAUUAAAAUUGUUUAUUUUAUGUGACAUUUUCAAUUUAUGGAAUUUAUCACAAUAAAUAAA